UAGCUAUUUUCUUUGCAGAAUUCAAAGAGGCAUUCUACCUCUAUGACCGCAUUGGUGAAGGUAGAAUUGGCUACAGCCAGUUUGGUGAUCUCCUGCGUGCUCUUGGCCAGAAUCCAUGCAAUGCUGAAGUCUUGAAAGUCCUUGGGAACCCAAAGCCAGAAGACAUGAAUGUGAAAACUCUGGAUUUUGAGCAGUUCCUUCCGAAGCUUCAGGACAUUGCGAGAAACAAGGAACCAGGAACCUUUGAGGACUUUGUUGAGGGUCUGCGUGUCUUUGAUAAGGAAGGCAAUGGCACAGUCAUGGGUGCUGAGCUACGCCAUGUGCUGGUCACUCUUGGUAAUGUUGAAUGUAUUGUGGACAUGUCAAAUUAUGUAGGAUGUCACAAGGCUUUAUUUUUAUCUGAUCUGUUAAACUGCAGAUUGGAGAGUUUUCGGCUUAGGAUUAGUAUUGAAGGAUCAGAUCUGUUUCCCGAUAAGUUUGUUCACCUCUGAACCUAACCAGAAUUC